CUGGCCUGUGACAGAAUUUAAAAGCUUAAUUAAUUGAGUUCACAUCGAAGAAGGGAUUGAUUGGAGAGGGAGGGGUAUCAUCCGAACCCCGUCCCGUUCUCACUGUCUCAUUCAAAGCGUUUUCGACCCUCUCCGACCAUGGGAACCUGCUUUUCCGCCACCAAAGUCAGCGGCUCCCACGGCAACGCCGUCACCGUCAACAAGAACCGCAAGGGGGCCGCGAAGCCGAAAUCAGAGACGGCAACGGCGAAUCCCCUACGGCACAAGGCAAGUUCGCGCCACGUGCCGUGCGGGAAGCGCACCGAUUUCGGUUACGAGAAGGAUUUCGAUCAGCGUUACUCGCUCGGAAAAUUGCUCGGGCACGGCCAAUUUGGUUACACUUACGUUGGAAUCGACAAAGCCAAUGGCGAUCGCGUCGCCGUUAAGAGGCUUGAGAAGAGUAAGAUGGUUCUGCCUAUUGCCGUUGAGGAUGUUAAGCGAGAGGUCAAGAUAUUGAAAGCACUUACUGGCCAUGAGAAUGUGGUUCAGUUCUAUAAUGCUUUUGAAGAUGGUUCUUAUGUGUACAUAGUUAUGGAGUUGUGCGAGGGUGGAGAACUGCUAGAUCGGAUAUUGGCCAAGAAGGACAGUCGUUAUACUGAAAGAGACGCAGCGGUGGUUGUAAGGCAGAUGCUCAAGGUUGCAGCUGAGUGUCAUUUACAUGGUUUGGUACACCGGGACAUGAAACCAGAGAAUUUUCUUUUUAAAUCAACCAAAGAAGAUUCACCUUUAAAGGCCACUGAUUUUGGUUUGUCAGAUUUCAUAAAACCUGGAAAAAAGUUUCAUGAUAUUGUUGGCAGUGCUUACUAUGUUGCACCUGAAGUGUUAAAACGUAAGUCUGGUCCUCAAUCAGAUGUGUGGAGUAUUGGUGUUAUUACAUACAUAUUGUUGUGCGGAAGACGCCCAUUUUGGGAUAAGACUGAGGAUGGUAUCUUCAAGGAGGUCUUACGUAAGAAGCCCGAUUUUCGUCGGAAACCAUGGCCAACUAUUAGUAAUGCUGCAAAAGAUUUUGUGAAAAAAUUACUAGUAAAGGAUCCUCGGGCGAGAUUAACUGCUGCUCAAGCUUUAUCACAUCCAUGGGUUAGAGAAGGAGGAGAAGCAUUGGAGAUUCCUAUUGAUAUAUCUGUCCUGAGCAACAUGCGGCAGUUUGUGAAAUAUAGUCGAUUCAAACAAUUUGCACUGAGGGCAUUGGCUAGCACACUUAAUGAAGAAGAGUUGGCUGAUAUAAAAGAUCAAUUUGAUGCUAUAGAUGUAGACAAAAAUGGUUCGAUUAGCCUGGAAGAGAUGAGACAGGCUCUUGCCAAAGAUCUUCCUUGGAAAUUGAAAGAAUCACGUGUACUAGAGAUAUUGCAAGCGAUAGACAACAACACUGAUGGUCUAGUGGAUUUCCGGGAGUUUGUAGCGGCUACAUUACACGUGCAUCAAUUGGAGGAAGACUCUGACAAGUGGCAGCAACUGUCACAGGCUGCUUUUGAGAAAUUUGACCUAGAUAAAGAUGGCUAUAUUACUCCGGAAGAACUUAGAAUGCAUACAUGCUUGAGAGGCUCCGUUGAUCCUUUGCUAGAGGAAGCUGAUAUUGACAAAGAUGGAAAAAUAAGCCUACCAGAGUUUCGGAGACUUCUUAGAACUGCAAGCAUGGGUUCUCAAAAUGUUUCAAGCCCAUCUGUUCAUCGGCGGCAGAGGUUCUAGAUUAGAGGUGCUUCAGAGGCUGAGAUAAGUUUGGAGAAACGAGUGGUGGAGUUCCUCUAAGUAACUUAUUGUGUGAUUGUGCUGAGUCUCUUAAGACUAUCUUCUAUCAUGCAGAUUGACAAUCUAUGAUACUCAAAACUCCAGUUUUGGACUGUGGUAAUCCCCUGCGCGGGGAUUAUGUCCACAAUGUCACGAGGACUACAUCAAGAAGUGUUUGGUAGAGUUUAUGUAGACGAUUCAUGGACUGGCUUCAGGUAUAUUGCAGUUUCAGCAGUAUCAUUUAUGUGUCGGAGUUUUCUUGGUUGUGGCAUGCAAGUAAUGUGUAACUACAAAUAAAAUCUUCUAGCCAAAAAUGAAAAAAAAAAUAUAAAUAAACAUGAAAUGAAAUACGUGGAUCAAAUUCUGUUCUCACUAUAUUUCCAUCUCAUUCUUAUUUUAUUCCUCUGCAGAAAAAGCGAUUACAUCCUGCUGUUCUUAGUAGAUACUAAUGAAAUGAUUGCAUAAAUUUGGUGUACUAGUUUGAGUCUGAAAUGUAUUUAUGUUUAUAUUUAUUUAUAUAUAGUUCUCUUCUCUGAAGAAUUAGUGGGGGGGCAACAAUGUGAUUGUGGAUUGAUGACUUAAGGGAGUGGUUGAUGUCUCUGAUGACUUGCAUUGGAGGUCACUUGUGGGUAUGUGCUCUUGCUGUGUUUCUAUUAUUAUGAAUGAUAUGACAGGUUUUUAUUUGUAAUAGCAAUUGAAGCGAGAAGUGGCUAGGACGAAUGAUGCAUUUUUCAUGCAUCGUUUGUUGAAUCAUAUUCUGUUCUAGCCUCGUAUACAGUACAUCAA